AUGGCGCAUUUCAAGGACGUGUGGGCGGCUAAAGUUCCCCUUAAGAUCCGCAUCUUUGCGUGGCAGCUAGUGCUCGAUCGUCUUCCUUCUAGUGCUAACAUCCUGUCGAGACAUGGCCCGGGCAACGACAAUUGCGCUCUCUGCGGGGAAAGAGAGACGGCGGACCACAUUUUCUUUUCUUGUCCUUUGGCCGUGUUCACCUGGAGUGUUCUCAGACACAUCCUUCAGUGCAGCUGGUGCCCUGCCUCCUUCCCGCAAUUCUUUGCGAUUCUCGUCAAUUUCGCGGGCCGGUGGCUCAUCCUGGCGAAACCCAGGGACCGUCCCUGGCUUAGGUGGCUGAUCUCAGAGGGGAGGCCGACCCCAGUUUACUUGCAGUUUCUUCUUUCCUUGGCUAAGCUGUAUGCCGCAGCAUGUACUGAAUAUCUGUGA